CACUCCGCAAGCUUUCAAAGCUUCGUUGCAAAGCUUUGUAACGACUCUCGAUUCCAUCAUGUCUGCUACUGCCAUGGAUAUGUUCUGGCAUGCUCCUCCUCUCUCUAGGACUUUGACGGCUGCUCUCUUGACUCUCUCCAUCUUGGUCCAUACCUCCAUCCUGCCUAUUAGAUAUGUUGUCUUCUAUAUUCCAUAUCUGCAGGAGUCCCCGUAUCAGUUAUGGCGUAUCUUUACGUCGUUUCUCAUAACAGGUCCAAAGCUUGGAAUCCUCUUCGACACAUACUUCUUGUACACACACGGGAGCAAGCUUGAGACGUCAUCUCCUAGGUUCUCUAAACCAGGGGAGUUCUUUACAUAUGUUGCGUUCCUCUGGGUCACAAUCUUGGGCUUAAAUGUGCUCUUCACUGGAGGGUAUAUGUUUACCGAGGCCCUGAUACUUGCCUUUGUGUACACGUCCAGCCAAGACGACCGCGGCCAGAAGGCAAAUCUCUUCUUCAUCACAAUGCCGGCACCGUGGCUCCCAUUCGCAAUGAUUCUUGUGACACUUGUAACGUCAGGGCUGGAUGCAGCAAUAAUCCAAGGUACGGGCCUCAUUGCUGCCCAUCUGCAUGAUUUCCUGACCCGUAUCUGGCCAACGUUUGGUGGCGGGAGAAACCUGCUUCCAGCACCCGACUUUGUCAAGAGGUGGUCCAUGGUCUUGGACAACCAUACCACUGCCUCGGCCCCUACUGGAUCGGCUUCAGCUUCCGGCUCUUCUGCCGGCAAUGUCUUGCCAGAGUCUUGGAGAAACAGGGGAUCAGGGCACAGACUUGGAGGAGAUUAAGUCUGAUGAUAAGAUGCACUGUAUAUUAUAAUUAAUAUCAAUUUGACUUG